AUGUCGGCCACGCCUUCCCGGAGCCGGUGGGCGCGCGUCCGCGGCGUUCUCAGCCACGCGGGGCUGCUGGUGGCCCUGGGGGUGUACACUGCAGUCGGCGGCCUGGUGUUCCGGGCGCUGGAGGGCCCCGCGGAGGCCGGCCGCCUCCACGCGCUGCAGGUGGCGGUGCUGGAGGGGCGGCGCGAGCUGGUGGCCGCGGUGGGCAACGCGAGCCAGCGCCUCGGCGUGGAGCCCCACGGCCUGGCCGAGCUGCGCGACCUGCUGCACCGCCACCUCCAGGAGUACGAGGCCGUGCUGCACAACGCGUCCAGGGGCGGCGUCGAGGUGCCCGCCCUCACCGCCUCCCCGGGCGCCGCCACGCCGCCGCGCUGGACGCUGCUGCAGGGCAUGUUCUUCGCCGCCACUGUGCUCACCACCAUCGGCUACGGCAACAUCGCCCCGGUGACGCUGUGGGGCCGCGUCUUCUGCCUCUCCUUCGCGCUCAUCGGCAUCCCGCUCACCCUGAGCGUCAUCGCCGACAUGGGCGUGCUGCUGGCGUCCGCGGUGUCCGCGCUGCCCUGCUGGGGCUCGUGCCGGUCUUGGUGGGCGCUGGACGACGCCUCCAGGGGCACGGGCACGGGCAUGUGCCGCAACAUGCUGCUGGCGCUGGCCGCGGUGCUGCUGCUGUUCCUGUACCUGGCCGCCGGCGCCGCCAUGUUCACCCUGUGGGAGGAGGGCUGGGACUUCUUCGAGAGCUUCUACUUCUGCUUCAUCACCAUGACCACCAUCGGCUUCGGCGACCUCGUGCCUCGCCAGCCGGCGUACACGCUGCUCUGCACGCUCUACAUCCUGGUGGGGCUGGCCUUGACGUCCACCAUCAUCGAGCUGGUGCGGCGGCAGUACGCCACGUCCUGGCGGCGCCUGCAGGAGGCGCUGUCCGAGUCCGGGCCCGCCCUGGGCGACGCGCUGCGCCGCCUCGGCACCGUGCCCGACGUGCACCUCAAGGGCCUGCUGGCGGCCGUCAGCCUGGCGCGCCUCGUCCCGCAAGGCGGCGGCAGGGACGAGCUGCCGAUGGCGCCGACGGGCGUGGACGCGCAGGACUGGGAGCACGCCCUGGCCGCCGUGCUCCGCGAGAUGGAGGAGAAGGCCAAGAAGGAGGCCGACAAGGAGAGCGAGGCCGAGCUGGAGCUGCUGAACCGGCGCAGGGAGAAGGGCACGCGGAGGCCGCGGACCUCGGCGCCGAGGGAGGCCCGCCUCAUCGAGAUCGUCAUCUACGAGACCACCGUCUAGGCUAGGCCGCCCCGGGCCGCCCAGCCAGGACUUGUCUCUGCAGCGUCUCUGCGGCGACUCAUUAGAGUUCAGCCAAACACACCGACUUCGGACAAAAGUGCUGAUCUCUCCAAACACAAAAACGCCCGAAAGGAGUGAAUUGAGUCACUUUAAUAGGGUGGGUCGGACCGCAUAAAAUCUGAAAAUUUUUAUUUAAAGUCUAUUUUUUCUAAAACAGUGUGUGCCUUGGAAAGUUAAACCAACCUGCGAGACUAUUUUUUUUCGACCGUUUAUUAAAUACUUUACAUAUGUACAAACAUCUUCGAUGUCAAAAAAAUAGAUGAGUAUGUGGCACAUGA